GGUGAUGCUAGUGAGAAUAUGAAUAAUCCCAAAUUGCAAUGAGUAGGAAAAUAAUUUAAUAGAAUUUCAUAAAGAAUGAUAUCUUAUCUUGGUGAACAAGGAAAAAUGGAGAUUUUCUGAGCGAAAUCGUGGUCACUGGGCAUCAUGGACUUGGACAUGGCAAACUGUAGUAGGUCACACGUACACAUCAGACAAGCCGCAAGAAAAAGUCAAAAGAAUUGGCAACUUACUGAGGAAUAUUUUAGUCAUAUGAUCAAUGAAUUCUUUUUGUCCAAGACAAUAUCUCUAAGCUUCUGCAUUUGCGGUCUUGUCUUCUCUCUCUCUUCUGUUUCUACAAACGACAUCCUCUCUCUUUAUCUCUUUUUCCGCGCCUGUGUGUGUCUGUGUCCAAACGCCGUCGGUUCCACGUACUGGAAAUGGCGGGGAAGUCAAUGCACGCAGUUCAAUACGAUAAGUAUGGCGGAGGAGCUGCUGGUUUAAAGCAUGCUGAAGUUCCAGUCCCCAGUCCAAAGAAAGAUGAGAUAUUGGUAAAGGUAGAAGCCAUUAGUAUGAAUCCAGCUGAUUGGAAAAUUCAAAAGGGCAUGCUGCGGCCUUUUUUUCCUCGUAGAUUCCCUUUCAUUCCUUGUACUGACGUGGCAGGAGAGGUUAUAGUGGUUGGAUCAGGAGUCAAAAAUUUCCAAACUGGUGACAAAGUUGUAGUGCAUCUCGGCUUUUCUAAUGGAGGUGGACUAGCUGAAUUUGUUGUGGCUAAGGAGAGCUUGACAGCUGCUAGGCCACCUGAAGUUUCAGCAACUGAAGGGUCGACCUUACCUAUGGCUGGUCUCACAGCCCACCAGGCUCUUACUCAGUAUACCGGGAUCAAGCUCGAUGGAAGUGGCGAGCAGGCAAACAUACUGGUCACUGCUGCCUCUGGUGGUGUGGGUCACUUUGCAGUUCAGCUAGCAAAGCUUGGGAACACACAUGUGACGGCCACUUGUGGAGCCCGGAACAUUGAACUUGUAAAGAGUUUAGGGGCUGAUGAGGUUCUCGAUUACAAGACUCCAGAAGGGGCAGUUCUGAAGAGCCCAUCUGGUCGGAAGUAUGAUGUAGUUAUCCACUGUGCCACAGGGAUUCCGUGGAGUACUUUUGAGCCUAACUUGAGUGAAAAUGGGAAGGUGGUAGAUCUCACCCCUAAUGCUACUGCCGCAAUGACGUUUGCUCUUAAGAAACUUAGUUUCUCCAAGAAACAGCUAGUGCCACUGAUUCUGACGCCCACAGCUGAGAACCUGAAUUAUCUUCUUAAACUGUUGAAGGAAGGGAAGCUUAGGGCAAUUAUUGAGUCGAAGCAUCCCUUGAGCAAGGCUGAAGAUGCUUGGGCUAAGAGUAUUGACGGCCAUGCUACUGGGAAGAUUGUCGUGGAGCCUUAGAACAUUAUUUACUACUGUAGACAUGGAUUGUGCAUUAUUUACUGCUUUGUACCUUGUUUUUUCUUUUCCCUUGUGUUGAUAUUGAAUGGUGAAAAUCGGAUUGAAUGUUUGAAUUGUGAGUAUUUCUAACAAUGGUUGUUUUGUGUUUUAUAGUCGAUAACAACUUGCUCGCUUUGUAUAUUAAAAUUAAUAAAAUCGUAUUUAUUUUUCUUAA